CCGACUUGACUUUUCCUCACCUGCAUAAAACCACGAACCAAUAAGAGGCGAGGUGCACGUUUAUUUUCCACUUGCACCUGUGCACACCCGAGCAGAGCAGCAUGUUGCACCGGGGGCUCGCCCUGGCCUUAGGCGUGUGGUCAGCGUGCGUGUGUCUGACUCUGGCCUACGAGGACGAUAUCGAGGUCAACUACGCCGAUACCUACUACAACGAAAUCACCGAGGACGAGACGCCGACAACCACGCCAAGUGCGGCUCCCUGCAAUGCUCCAGACCUCACAAAAUGGGACAAAAUCUUCUCGAUGCUGGAGAACAGCCAGAUGAGGGAGAACAUGCUUCUCCAGUAUGCCGACGACAUCGUCAAGGUGGAGAUGGGAUCUCUGCGCGAGGAGAUACUUAGGUUUGUGGCGCAGUAUGGGGGCUCCUGUGGUGUCGCAGUGGAGACAGCAGGAAGAAAGAUGGCCCUGCAGCUGGAAGCAAAACUCAGAGAAUCCCUGGAUCGGCUAAAAUUUGGUGCUCACGCUUCCGGUCCUGUAGAGGGGAACGCCGUUGGGAAUCCAAACACCCUGGAGGCGACGCUGCAGCAGCUUCUCUCCGCCACACGAACCCAAGCGACCCGACUAGCCAAGAUGGAAACCAGCUGUUUCAUCAACGCAGGACCUGUGAAAGCGGCGUCCCAACAUCCAGACGUCGGAGGAGCAGGCCACCGGGAGCAAGAGGUCACGUCACAAGACAAGGCUUUGGAGGGGGUGCUAAGUGUUCUGCAGCAGACAAAAAUGGAGCUCCAGGAAGUUCUGAGGUCAUCGCGGUUAAGACGCCUACCUGCAGGUUGCGAGAUGGCGCUUCUCUUCCCCAUGCGCUCCCCUUGGAUCUACACUUCAGUGAUACCAGAAGUUCCUCUCUCACUGUCGUCCUUCACCCUGUGCCUGUGGGUGAAACCAGUCGCCGUCGCCAAUAAAACGGUGCUCUUCUCCUACGGCACCCGCCGCAACCCCUACGAGAUCCAGCUGCUGCUCAGCCACACUUCCGCCUUGUUGACCAUAGGAGGAGAGACUCACCUGGUCGAGGCCCGCGGGGUGGUCAAGCCCGACGGUCCCCCAGAAUGGCUCCACCUAUGCGGGGCUUGGUCCUCUCAGCAGGGCUUGGCUUCUUUGUGGGCAAGUGGUAAAAAGGUGGCUUCCACACCAGGAGUGGCUGAAGGACACGUUCUACCAAACGGAGGUUCCCUUCAGUUGGGACAAGAAAGGAACGGGAAGGUGGGGUACGAGGAAAGGUUCGAUCUGAAGAUGGCAUUCGCCGGAUCAAUGACAGGGGUGAACGUGUGGGACAAAGUUCUGCCAGAGGAGAAGAUUUCCCAACUGGCUUUGCAAGACGGCCAAGGCUGCCAGCACAAGGGGAACAUAAUAGGCUGGGGCGUGACGGAGCUGGUGCCACAUGGGGGCGCUCAAUUCAUCAACUGAAAGACAAUCGGCAACAUUGUCUUUUCAUACCUACGGAACUCUCUAAGAAGCUUUCAAGCUGAAACUAAGGGAACUUCUACUUUGUGCAAAUACUUUGUAAGGGUAUUCAUUUCAACUGAGACUGCUCUCGGCAACACACAAACACUGUUGCGCAUUCAUCUUGGACAAAGUGUGUCGCGGCAGGAAAUGUGGUUCGAGCCAUGUUGACCAAAGACUUUAAGUAGGGUGAAAGAAAGUGUCUCUUGUAAAAGCCAGCACGUUCUGAGCCAAUAUUUAAAAGAAGUAAGCGCACACAGAAAACGGCAACAAGCGUUUGAAGACAAUUACCGGUAAACUGUCCAUCUAGUUUUGUACAUAAACGACAAAAUGCAGUUUUGUCAUUAUUUGUAUCCUGUGAUAAACUUGGUAUUUGCAAAGUUUUUAUAUUCAUAUAAAUUCAUUCUUGGAUUCAUCCCCUAUAGCAGGGGUCGGCAACCUUUACCAGUCAAAGAGCCAUUUUGACCAGUUUCACAAAUUAUAGAAGACAAUGGGAGCCGCAAAAAUGUUUUGAAAUUUUAAAUGAAAUAACACUGCAUACAAAGUUAUUUUUUGCUUUGUGCUAUGUUUAAACCAGGGGUCUUAGACACGCUGCCCACACCUUUCUUUGGAAUUUGAAAGCUGGUGCGGCACGCAGGUUUUAUAUGAAUGACGUUUGUCAGCGUCAUGCGUACCGUGAUGGUACAGCAUAUAGCACCCACUACAGCCAGUGUGCCUGAACAGCCACACGUUGUAUGGGGCUUCCGCUUACUCACGUUGGUGACAGCAAGGCAUACUUGGUCAACAACCACACAGGUUACACUGACGGUGGCGGUAUAAAAAAAAACUAU